AUGAUAUUGAGUCAGUUAAAAGUAAUAAGACCAAGAAAUAUUAACUUAGGUUUACUUCAACAGAGGUGGUUACGUUCGGAAGGAACUCAGCAUCAAAAUGCUAAAGUGCAACAGGAGCACCAAGACGAGUCUAAAUCUCAGGCCGAAAUAUCUUCAUCUGCCAACGAGAGACUUUUCGGUGAAAUAUUUCCUGCAGCCAAAGUUGUACCUAUGGUGUUGACAAAUAAAGAUCCUGUUGUUUUGUCUUUUGACGAGGUACCGGGUCCCAAAUCGUUGAAAUAUUUCGCAAGUUUCCGUAAUUACUUGUCGGAGAUUGGAACUCAAAUAACUGCAAGCGCCUUAACGAUAGGCUUAAAUAUUGGUUCUUUCAUAAACGACAAAAAACCUAUAAUAAAGAACUUGUCAUCGCUGUUCGACGAAUAUGGCCCAGUCGUCCGUUUCGUAAGUCCGGUAGGAAGCGAUAUUGUGCUGUUAAACAACCCGGAUCACAUCCAGAAGGUUUACGCUCUGGAAGGCGACAGCCCUGUAAGAUCAACAUUGGAGUGCCUAGAAAAAUAUAGGGCAGAACACAGAAAUCAUAUCUAUGGCGGUCUUUAUACCGUACACGGCCAAGAAUGGACUCGUCAAAGAUCCGCAGUGUACGCUCCUCUCCACGACUCCAUCACCCAACAUGUCCAGGGCAUAAAUGAUGUCUGCGAAAAUUUUACUGUAAAGAUCUACAACAUGAGAAAUCAUCAGGAUGAAGUCCCGAAGGACCUGUAUAAGGAACUGCACAAGUGGGCUUUUGAUUGUAUGGGUUUAUUAGUGUUCUCGAAAAAGUUUACGAUGUUAGACACUGAGGUGGUGUACAGCCAAUGCGACAUGUCCUGGCUGUACCACAGCCUGGAGCGGGCCACCGAGGCGAUCGUCAAGUGCGAGUCGGGCCUGCAACUUUGGAAGUUCAUCAAGACGCCCGCUUGGUAUACACUGGUCAAGUACUGCGAUAGUUUGGACAAUUUAAUCGGGAAGCAUGUAAUGGAAGAGGAACAAGCUAUUGGCUACAGUGCUGCCAAUAAUGCGUCUGGUAGAAGUUCCUUGAUAAGCGCAAUGCUUUUGAGCGACGACAAAAUGAGUGCCGAGGAUAUUGCAACGGUUCUUAUGGAUAUGCUUCUAAUUGGAGUUAAUACCAUCACAACAUCAAUGUCAUUCAUGUUGUACAACUUGGCUAAAUAUCAGAAGUCCCAAAAGGUGCUCUAUGAAGAAAUAAGGAACGCGUGCAAUAAUUUGAAACUGGAAGAUGUUAACAAGCUAAAAGAAAACACUCCGUAUCUCCAAGCUUGUAUAAAGGAAACUUUGAGAUUAGUGCCACCGAUACCAGUUUUGACUAGGAUCUUGUCUAAGAACGUCACUUUGGAUCGAUAUAAUAUACCACGAGGCACACUCAUCAUUAUGUCCACCCAAGAUUCUUCGUUAAAGGAAAGCAACUAUGACGAUGCUUCUAAAUUCUUCCCUGAACGAUGGCUGAAGGAAGAUGCUAAAGACUAUCACGCGUUUGCCUCAAUACCUUUCGGCUUUGGGGCUAGAAAAUGUCUUGGACAGAAUAUAGCCGAAACAAUGAUAUCACUGCUAACUAUUAGACUGGUGCAGAAAUACAAGCUUGAAUACCAUUAUGGGGACAUUCAACCAACAAGAAGUUUCAUAACAAAGCCGAAUAGGCCUUUGAAAAUAAGGUUCAUUGAUAGGAUUCAAUAAUUUGUUUUAGAUUCACUGUGCAAAAGUGACUUCCAUAGAAGCAUAAUGAUAGCACAUGUAUUAUUA